AUAAUUCGACCAUAUCGUAGAAACUCCUUUUAUAAAUAAAAGUUAAUAACAUAUUAUAGUAUUGUACAACGCAUUUAGAAAUUUAGCGUUCCGCUAUUUUAUUACAUUAUAUUUAGUGUAAACAUUGCAAUUACCUAUUCUUUUGAUCAAGAACAAACAAAUUUAUUUCAGAAAUAAAUAUGGCCAGCGAAGUCGAAGAUACUUUGAAACGCAUCCAAUCUCAUCGUGGAGUAAUCGGUACAAUUGUAGUAAAUAAUGAAGGCAUUCCUAUUAAGUCGACUUUAGACAAUUCAACUUCAGUUCAAUAUGCUGGAUUGAUACAGCAGUUGGCUGAUAAAGCUAGAAGUGUUGUAAGAGAUUUGGAUCCGUCAAACGAUUUGAUGUUCUUGCGAAUGCGUACUAAAAAACACGAGAUAAUGGUGGCACCAGAUAAAGAUUUCAUAAUGAUCGUAAUUCAAAAUCCAACAGAAGCACAGUCAUAAGAGAACAAUUUUUUAAUAAUAUAACAAACAAUAAAAUGCACUAAAAUUAAUUUUAAAUAUUAUCCAAAAAUAGUAAUUUGUAAAUAUUUAUUAGUUAAUUACAAAUAUUAUUGUACAUACUAAAUAUUGAUUUUUAUAAUUUUAUAUAACACAUACACAAGCUUUUUUUUUAUUGUUACACAUCAGUUUUUUUUCAAUUUUCAAUUUAUCUGCAAAUAUAGUAAAUUAUUGCAAUUUAAAAAUGCUCUUAACCGAGUUAAAAAUUCAACUAUUAUAAAACACAGUAAUAUUCUUUCCAUUAAGCUUAAUAAUAAUCCUCACUGCUUUAACAAUACAAAGUGUGUUCUAGUGACCUGCAAAUUUGCUAUGUUGUACCUUUUUAAGACAGAGAUAACACAUGCGGGUAUUGUAUCUUCUAAUCAAAGCACAGCAGAAAACAAGGGUACCGUUUGAUGAUGUGUCUUUUUUCAUGUUUUGUAUUAUUAAAAAUGUUCUUUAAUAUUAAAAGUAUUUUGCUUAUUUUUGGUAUUAUAUUGUCCAUACAUUUA